AUGCUGCCUGCGCUGCCUGCCGCGGGGGCCCUGCUGCUCGGCCUGCUCCUGGGGCUCCUGGCGCUCUGGGGGCUGCUCUGUGCCCGGCCCCCGGGCCCAGCCCCCUGCUGGCCCCCCGGGCCGCGCCCGCUGCCCCUCGUCGGGAACCUACACCUGCUGGGCCUCCGGAGACAGGAGCACGCACUGAUGGCGCUCUCGGAGCGGUUCGGGCCCGUGUUCACCGUCCACCUGGGGCGGCAGAAGGCGGUGGUGCUGGUGGGCUACGAGGCGGUGAGGGCGGCGCUGCUGGACACCUCCCAGGAGCUGGCCGACCGGCCCCCCAUCCCCAUCUUCCAGCUCAUCCAGGGGGGCAGGGGCAUCUUCUUCUCCUCCGGGGCGCGCUGGAGGACUGCCCGCAAGCUCACGGUCCGCGCCCUGCACCGCCUGGGCCUGGGGCCGGGGCCGGGGGCCCCCCGGGUGCUGGAGGAGCUGCGGUGCCUCGUCGGGCAGCUGGACUCCUACAGCGGCCGGCCCUUCCCCCUGGCCCUGCUUGGCUGGGCACCCUCCAACGUCACCUUCACGCUGCUCCUCGGCCGGCGCCUCCACUACCAGGACCCCCUGUUUGUCUCGCUGCUGGGCCUCAUCGACCAGGUCAUGGUGCUCCUGGGCUCCCCGGGGCUCCAGCUGUUCAACGCCUUCCCCGGGCUCGGGGCACUCCUGCGGCUGCACCGGCCAGUCCUACGCAAGACGGAGGAGGUGUGCGCCAUCCUGAGGGCCCUCCUGGGGGCACGGCCGCCCCCCACGCCCGGCGGGGGCCCCCUGCAGAGCUACCUGGAUGCCCUGCUCCAGCAGUGCCAGGUCAACGACCCCAAGAGCCCAUUUACAGAGGCUGACGCGGUGGCCUGCGCCCUGGACAUGGUCAUGGCCGGCACGGAGACCACCUCCGCCACGCUACAGUGGGCUGCCCUCCUCAUGGCCAAGCACCCCGAUGUGCAGCGCCAGGUGCAGGAGGAGCUGGACCGUGUGCUGGGCCGUGAGCGGCCACCUCAGCCCCGGGACCUGCAGGCGCUGCCCUACACCAACGCGGUGCUGCACGAGGUCCAGCGCUUCAUCACCCUCCUGCCCCAUGCGCCCCGCUGCACCGCGGCCGACACCCACCUGGGCGGCUACCUCCUCCCCAAGGGCACCCCAGUCAUCCCCCUGCUGACCUCCGUGCUCCUGGACAAGACGCAGUGGGAGACCCCGGACCAGUUCAACCCGGGCCACUUCCUGGACCCGGACGGGCGGUUCCUGCCGCGCGCCGCCUUCCUGCCUUUCUCCGCAGGGCGCCGGGUCUGCGUUGGCGAGGGCCUGGCCAGGGCCACGCUCUUCCUGCUGUUCGCCGGCCUGCUCCAGCGACACCACCUGCAGCCCCCACCUGGCAUCGGCCCCGCUGCCCUGGACACGGCACCUGUCCCAGCCUUCACCAUGCGGCCGCGGGCCCAGGAGCUGCGGGCCCUGCCCAGGCCCUAGGCCACCCGCCUGCGCCCCCUGCUCUGGGAGAGGGGUCCAGAGGACCAGGGCCUGGCCUGGCAGCCAUGGGCUCACCCCUGCCCCAAGCGUGGACGACCGAGCAGCAGGGUCCCCGGGGGCAGGUAGGGGGGCCCGGGCUGUUUCUUCCAAGGCCCUGGGCCCUCUCUCAGACACCUGCAGCCCCUUG